AUGGGGUGUCUAACUGUUGAUUCACCAGAAGAUUUCAUGAAUUUCUGGUUGGAAUCAAAAUCGGUUGUUUUUCCACCAUGGAAAGGGGAGCAAGAAAACAAGUUACAAGAGAUAAGAGAAAGGAGAUAUCUCAUAGGCGCCGGGUAUCAAAGGAAGGAAGAGGAACAGCACUCGGAUGAGCUCAAAGGCCACGUCGAGUCGCUUGAUGCUCGUUUCUCAAAGCUCGAGUCUUUCCUCUUCACGCACCUUCCCCACACCCCCGCUCAACAGCCGCAAGCUCAGGAGUUCAGCUCCGCUCCAUCUGCGGUGCUGCUUUCCCCGAGCUCUAGUCGCCCUCCAGAUCCACCCGAUCGACCGGGAUAUGAUCAGAUCCGUGCUGAGCGCGGACCCAUCGAUGCUUCUCGCCCACAUCAACUCCCACAGAGUCUAUCCUCCCGCCUGACAAAAGUUGGAUUCCCUAUGUACAACGGUUCUAAGCUGCGAGAGUGGAUCUACCACUGUGACCAGUUUUUCGGACUGGAUAACACUCCUAUGGAGCACCGCGUCCCCCUAGCCUCGAUGCAUCUCGAAGACGAGGCCCUCGAGUGGCAUCACAACUUCAUCUCCGAGCGGUACGGUGUUUUGCCCUCCUGGUCUGACUAUGUGGUGGAGAUCUCGGGCCGGUUCAGCGGAAUCGUCAACGACCCUCUCUCAGAGCUUGUCUCCUUGAAGCAGGGCAGUGAUUCAGUCGAAGUGUACCUAAAGAAAUUCGAGAGUGUUCGGACUCGUGUUACUCUCACAGCUGCCCACGCCCUGAGCAUAUUUCUUACGAAUAUGCAGCCCCAUCUCUCAUUACAUGUUCGACAGUUUGUGGUUACUUCUAUCUCGGCGGUGGCAAGAAUCGCAAAGCUUCAUGAGGCCGCUCUUGCUCAAACGCCUCAACGAAGUCUCCGAGCUCCCUUCAAUCCACUAGCAACUCAGAAGUACUCGGUUUGUUAUCCGGUUAAGGGUCAAAUGUUAGAUUCGGCUGUACUUAAGAUUCACGGAGGAUCUCUAGUCAGCGUACCCUACAUCGCUAACAACUCUGUUUCAUAUGAGACAGUAUAA